GUGGUAGCAAAUGAUGCCGACGUGCAGCGAUGCCAUCUUCUGAUCCAUCAGACAAAGAGGAUGUGCAGUCCAGCCAUCGUAGUGACCAAUCACGAGGCGCAGAUGUUCCCAAGCUUGAGGCUAUGGAAGCGGACAACCGGUGCGCGUGAAUGUGCAAAGCCCAGUGUCGGGUCCGCCGAACCUUCGGAUUUUGUGGACCGAGGAGACACAACAGAAGUUACAGAAGAGAACGGAAGCAAGAUGGAGACUGAGAAAGACUCUCAGCCGAAAGUGCUAGAGAGUGAUGGGAGGGAGGAGGAACUACAGGAGCUGAGGUUCGAUCGAAUCCUCUGCGACGUCCCGUGCAGUGGCGAUGGAACGCUGCGAAAGGCGCCUGAUCUAUGGCGGAAAUGGUAGGAAAAGGAUGAGCCUUGUCUUUUCUUUUUCUUCUUUUUUUGCGAUUCACAACAAAUUACAUUGUCGUUU